AUGGGCCCCUCGGGGGCCGGGAAGACCUCCCUGCUGAACUGCCUGGCGGUGCGCACCGCGCCCUCCAGCGGCGCCUUGUCCUUCAACUCCAUGGAGCUCUCGAAGGCGGUGAAGCGCAAGGUGGCCUAUGUCCACCAGCAAGAAAUGCUCUUGGAGUGCUACACACCGCGAGAGCACCUGCUCUUCCAGAGCAAGUUGCGGAUGCCCAGCAGCGUGGGGGCAGAGGCGCGGAAGCUGCGGGUGGAGGCCUCCAUUAAGAUGCUGGGGCUCGAGAAGUGCCAGCACAGCCUCAUAGGGGACGUCUACAGCGGCAUCUCCAAGAACGAGAAGCGGCGCGUGAGCUUCGCCACGGAGAUCCUGACGCAGCCCUCGGUGCUCUACUGUGAUGAGCCCACCACGGGGCUCGAUAGUGUGAUGGCGGAGGUCAUCGUGAAGUACAUGAAGGCCAUCGCUCUGGCGGGCAACAACGGCCAGAAGGUCACGGUGAUCGCCUCCGUCCAUCAGCCCUCCUCGCAGGUGUUCCGUCUCUUCGACCGCUUGCACUUCCUCAUUGACGGGCGCACUGCGUACUUUGGGCAGUUGUCCAAGUUGGAGGAGCACUUUGCGAAGAUCGGAUUUCAGAUGCCGGACCACACCAUGCCAGCGGACUUUGUCAUGAAGCUGUGCAUCAACCCGCGGGACCCCGAGGGCGCGGCGAAGCGCCGCGUGGAGAUCAGCGAUGCCUGGGACAAGCAAUGGCCCAACGAGGACGCGAGGAUUCACGGGGCGCCCAUCCAGGUCAUCCCUAAGGCAGUGUCGGAGAUGCCGGUGGAGGAGAAGCACACCAACUGGUUCGUGUCGCUGUUGUAUCUCACCAAGCGGGAGGUGAUUAUGAAGGUCCGCGCGAAGGCGGAGCUGAGGUCGGCGUUGCUGCGCACCGUGGUGCUGGGCCUUCUCUUCGGCCUCACCUUCCUGCAGGUGGAAAAGACGCAGACCACGCUCUUUACGCUGAACGGCUGCCUCUUCUUCGCCAUGAUGUUUGGAGUCAUGAACAUCUGCAUGGCAGCGUCCAUGGGCAUCCCCACGCGUCUCCCCACUUUGAUCCGGGAGCACCGGAACGGUGCCUACUCCGUGCCGGCCAUCUACGUCAGCAAGGUGCUGGCGGACCUGCCCUUUGACCUAUUGGUGGCGGGGAUUUGGGGUCUGCUGCUCUACUGGAUGGUGGACUUUCGGGGGGACUGGGAGCACUUCCUCUACUUCUUCCUGGUGCUGUACCUCAUGACGAAUAUCGCCACGGGCGUGGGGUACCUGGGAGGCUACCUCGCGCCGGUUCCGGCGCUCAGCAUGCUGGUGGUGCUGCUGAACAUCAUGCCUCAGAUGCUCUUCGGCGGGCUCUUCAUGAACCUCAGUGCCGUGCCGCCGGGCUUGGUGUGGCUCAGCACCAUCUCCAUGUUCCGCCUGGGCUUCGAGGCCUUGAUGGUGAACCAGUGGCAGGACUACGGGGACCUGCCGUGCCCGCCUGGGGCGCCGUGUGUGGCGUCAAGUGGGCUGCAGGUCCUGGAGAACAAUGGCAUCUCCCAGGACGCCAGCUAUUCAGGCAUUAUACUGUGGCUGCUGCUGCCCUUGGGGAUCUACCAUCUCUUGGCCUUCCUCGCCUUGUGGCGCCGCGCGCGGCCCCGGCAGUUCGAGUCCGCGGCGCCGGAGGACGACACCAAGGGGGAGCUCAGGCGCGACGGGGAAGAGCAGACGCAGCUCACCAGCAUCCAACGCCCCGAGAUCCUGGUGCAGUGGGAGGACUUGACGGUGGAGGUCAUGAGGACCGACAUGACCGGCGCCAGAAAGCAGACCCAGAUCCUGGAGAACGCUCAGGGCUGCGUGGAGCCUGGGCAGCUGCUGGCGGUCAUGGGCCCCAGCGGCAGCGGCAAGAGCACGCUCUUGAAGAGCCUGGCGGGCAUCGGGGAGGUGCCGCUGCAAGGUGGGUCCAGGAUCAGCAUCAACGGCACAGCUUGGACGCCUGAGAUCCGCGAGCACAGCGCCUUCUUGUUUCAGGACGAACAGCUCUUCGCAGGGCUCACGGUGCGGGAGCACCUGCUCUUCCAGAGCGGCUUCCGCAUGGGGCGCAUGUCCAAGGCGGAGCGCGGAAAGCGCGCGGACGCGUUGUUGUUGGAACUGGGCCUCAGCAAGUGCCAAAACACUUUGAUCGGCUCCAUCGGCUCCGGCAUCUCCGGGGGCGAGCGCCGGCGCCUCGCCUUCGCCACGGAGCUCCUCACCGAGCCCACGCUGCUCUUCGCCGACGAGGCCACCAGUGGACUGGACUCUGCUAUGGCGUACAACGUGACAAAGCUCUUGCACGACUUCGCGCGCGGGGAAAACACCACCAAGAAGACGGUGCUGGCAACAAUCCACCAGCCCAGCGAAGAAGUCUUCAACUUGUUCGACAAGGUGCUGAUCAUCGUGGAGGGCCGCUCCGUGUACUUCGGCCCGCCGAGCGCGGCGCUGCAGCACUUCAGCUCUUUGGGCAUGGAGUGCCCUCGCGACGAGAGCCCCCCGGACUUCUUCAUGCGCUGCGUGGCCAUCGACGCCGGGGAGGAUGAGGCGCGGGCGGAGGCGCUGAAGAACACGGAGAGGCUCCUGACGAUGCCUUUGCGCCUGGAGCCCCCGAAGAUGCCGGCCGAGAAGAUGAUCGAGGGCCCAUCGCUGCACGGGAGCCACUUCGCAGCGAUGAUGGGCUUGGUGCGCCGCGAGAUGCUGCUGCGCCGGAGGAGCAAGCUGCUCUUCAAGGCGGUGGUGGCGCGCACUCUGCUCAUGUCUUUGCUGCUGGGGCUCCUCUAUUGGCAGCUCCCCAACGACCAGCAGUCCUGGCAGAGCGUCAUGGGCUUGCUGAACAUGGUGAUGAUCAACACCUUCAUGACCGCCGGCUUCGGCCUCACCCAAGAGUUGCCCCAUGCCUUUCGCCCUGCCUUCCGCGAGGUCCGUGCGGGGAUGUACUCCAUUACCGCGUGGUUCUGGUCGAAGUCCAUCGGGGACCUGCCGGUGGAUUUGAUUGGCGCGGCCGUCGGCGCGUCUUUGGUUUGCUUGAUGACCGGCAUCGCACAGAGCGUUCUUGCUGUUUAUGCUGCUGGUCAUGAUCAUGGCCCAGAUCGGCAACACCUGGGGCUAUCUGUGCAGCGCCCUGGGUGGGAGGGCGGAGUAUGCCUUCGCGGUGUUUCUGCUGACGGUCUUUCCCUUCAUGAUCUUCAACGGCUUCUUGAUCACCACUGA